GAUGUUUAUUCAAAACAAAACAGUAAUCUAUAAUUUCGUAACGAUAAAUCGCGGUCUGGAAAUCAUUCUGUGUUUGAAUCGUUGAGAGUGUGCCACUUGAGCUAUUUUCAAUCAAUCGUCUGCCGCUAUUGUAUAUUUAUUUGAAUUGAGAGUGAAAAGGUUAUCGCCGAUUGUUGGUAUAUAAAUCGAGUUACUUUUUAUUCGGGGUAAUGAACUGUUUUACUUUGCGGUAUUGGGAUGAGGAUCUGGAGAAGUGAAGCGGUGUCCAGCUUCUCCUGCUCCAGGAGUAUGCACUUGGAGUCUUCAUGGUGAUAAGAACCGUUCAUGUUGGAACGGUGGGCAGCACCGUGGCAGGCAUCUGGCUGCUGCUACUGGCGGGGCUGUGGGGACGCGCUUCUGCAGGAAUCCUGCUGGCGCAGUAUCCCGGCCCCGACAAUAUUCCCGAACGUUUUUGGCACAUGGCCAUCGAUCAGAAGACUCAGAGAGUCUUCGUGGGCGGCACGAAUCGGCUGCUACAACUGGACGGAAACCUUCGACUCGAACACAUAGUAACGACCGGUCCUAAGAACGACAGUCCCUCGUGUCAUGCACUCGGGUGCAAUGAUCCCAACAUACCUCUUUCCCUGAUGGAUAACUACAAUAAAAUACUGCUUAUAGAACCAGAAUCCCGGACGUUAAUUUCGUGCGGAUCGUUAUCGCAAGGCGCUUGCUACAAGUAUAAGGUGAACAACAUUACUGCUGAGCCGCAGUUCAUACCUAAAAGCAUUGCUGCUAAUGAUGCUAACGCCUCUACUUAUGCCUAUAUCGGUCCUAAGAAAUAUAAUCUUUGGGGACGGUCAAAUAUCCUCUACGUAGGCACCACAUUUACGAACAACGGUGAUUUUCGUCAUGACGUACCAGCGAUAGCAAGUCGCGAUUUAGAAACGCUAGAAAUUGCAGAAUUGGGAUUUAGUAAACAGUCCCUUCUAAGUAUUGACGUUAAAUAUAGAGACCAUUUUAUUGUACAGUACGUAUACGGUUUUAAUGCUAGUGAAUAUGCCUAUUUCGUUAUUGUUCAGAAGCAGUCACAUUUGCCGGGACAAGAAGAGCAAGGAUACGUUUCUCGGUUAUCAAGGACUUGUAUAAAUGACGCUAAUUACGACAGCUAUACGGAAGUAACGUUACAGUGCACUGACGCGGAAACCAAAUAUAAUUUGGUACAAGAUGCUAAGAUCGCGUACGCUAAAGAAGAGCUGGCUUCGGCCUUGGGAAUAACAGUCGGUUCACCAGUUUUGGUGGCCAUCUUUAGACCAGCCAAAGGGAUAACGAACGAACCUCAAAAUCACUCGGCGUUGUGUCUUUAUCCUUUACGCGAUAUAGAAGGAAAAUUUAUAGAAAAUAUUCAUAUGUGCUUUAACGGUAGCGUGAAAUAUCGGAAUAUGGGUUACGUGUCCGGGCCAAUAUUAGACGGUAAAUGUCCCAGCAGUGGUUCCGCAGGAAACAUUCCUAACUUCUGUGAAGUUGGCUUAAAGAUAAGCGGCGUUACGCCUUUAGUAACGACCGCUGCCCUAGCGUUUCCCAAUAUUUCUCUGUCGGCUGUAGCUGUGGGAUCGACCGGCAGACACGUUUUGGCGUUUCUUGGUACGACUGAUGGGAGGAUCAAGAAAGUUUUGCUGUCUGGACCGGAGCCUCCUGAAUAUGAAGAAGUUUUUGUCGAUGACGGAAAUCCCAUAUUGCCUGAUACUACUUUGUCACCGACUGGCGAUUACCUCUACGUCUUAUCAACAGCGAAGGUUUCAAAAAUUAACGUUGAACACUGCAGUACUUACACAAAUUGCUCAUCCUGUCUGGAAUCGAAAGAUCCUUACUGUGGAUGGUGUUCUCUCGAAAAACGGUGUACUGUACGUGGUGCUUGCCAAAAAGCAUCUCAUAGCCCUCCCCGAUGGCUUUCCUUAGGGACAGGCCAACAGUGUAUAGAUUUUGAGCAAGUCUUCCCAGAAAGGAUCCCGAUUAACCAAAUGACUAACGUCCGAUUAACAAUCAGAACACUCCCUGCUCUUCCUCCGGGUGCUAAAUACAAAUGCGUUUUCGGUAAUGCUGAACCCAUUGAUGCAGAAGUCACGGAAAAUGGUCUCUACUGUUUCACACCAGAAAUAUCGAGGCGUCCUAGAAUACCGCCAAAAAUGGACCACGUUUUGGUUCCUCUGAGCGUCAGGUCAUCUGAAACCAACAAAGAUUUUGUAUCCAGGAAUUUUGCUUAUUACGAUUGCGGGAAACAUACUACUUGCGGGGAAUGCGUGAAGUCGAAAUGGGCAUGUAAUUGGUGUGUCUAUGAAAAUAAAUGCACUCAUAAUAUAUCCGUUUGUCAAAGGAAUAUCAUCAGCGGAGAAAACAAUCCAUCUCAUUUGUCCAUGCACGGAUUUUCGUACUGUCCACAAUUCAAAAGAAAAAACGAAACUAUUUUGCUACCUAAUAACGUUUUAAAGAAAAUAGUUUUUGAGGUUAUGAAUUUACCAAAUCCUUCAUCAGUGCAUACUGGGUUCCAGUGCAUAAUAGUCAUAGAAGGUGCUACCAUGCUUGUUCCAGCUACAGUAGAGGGUGAAAACAUCAUUGUCUGCGACCAAACCACAUAUUCUUAUGAAGCAAAUGAAGGAGAAUAUGAAGCAUCAGUAGAGGUAGUUUGGAACAGAAAGCAUCACAUAGACUCCAUGAAUGUAACUUUGUACAAAUGUGAUAUAUUAGGUUCUCAUAGGGAACACGCUGAUUGUUCAUUGUGCGUAACAAGAAACUCAAAAUACAACUGCACAUGGUGCGGUAACUCUUGUCAAUACUCAGAAUCGUGUCAACACACGCCACACAUUGAAUGCCCAAGGCCUAGAAUUGAUAUGAUCAAACCACUAAGUGGACCAAUCGAGGGAGGCACAUUAGUAACUAUUGAAGGCAGUAAUCUCGGUUUAAAGAAAGAAGAUGUUCAAGGAAAAAUACAAAUCGGACAAAUUCCGUGCGUGUUGGUAAAUUACGAAGUAUCUGUUCGUAUUCAGUGUCUCACAGGACCUUCUAGAGGCGAAAUGAUAGCUCCGAUUCGAGUAGGAAAUGAAGCCGGUUAUACUAAAUCAUCGGUAGAAUUCAGCUACAAAGACAUCAGACUAUCUGGUAUAUUUCCAUCCAUAGGACCCCAAUCUGGCGGGACUCGACUCGCAAUUACUGGGCAAUAUUUAAAUGUAGGCUCUGAAAUAACAGCCUAUUUGGAUGAUUACUUAUGCCAAGUUAAUUUGACUCAAGCAUCUAGCGGGAGAUUGACUUGUAUAACAUCCAGAGCGGUCAGACCAACGAAUGUAGUUAGAUUAACUCUAAGUAUAGACGGCGCUAACCGCACUUUAGAAGGCAAUCCUUUCAACUAUACGCAGGAUCCUACUAUAAUGGAAAUAAAGCCAUUGAACAGUUUCGUGUCCGGAGGGAAGAUGAUAUUUGUACACGGUACGAAUUUGGAUAGUAUACAGAAACCGGAAAUGGAAGUAUAUUCGCUAGAUGAUUCUAGUACUCCGAUUAAUAGGACUUUGUGUACUGUAUUAAGCAGUACCCAGAUGGAGUGUCCCAGUCCUCCUGUCAAUAAACAAUUCAGUAAUUAUAGUAGUAGACGUCCUCGAUCCCUCAGAAAACCGGCAGCUAUAAAGAUGAAGGAACCCAAAUUGAACCUACGGAUCGGUUUUCUCAUGGACAACGUACAAUCGGUCAGAGAUUUGGAGAAACAUUUUCCAAAUCUUCGAUCACAGUUACUGUACGUGGAGGAUCCAAAAUUUUUUCAAUUUCCUAAUCAAAUAAAGUUAUAUCAGGGUGAUAGGCUUGUGAUAGAAGGUGAAAAUUUAAAUGCAGCUAGCGAGGAGUCUGAUGUUGUUGUUACUAUUGGUACAAAGUCAUGCAACGUUACUGGUCUGGCGAUGAUCCAGCUCGUUUGUGUUCCAGCCGAACACCAACCUUUAGGAACCGACGAAAAUGGCUUUAAGACUGAAAAUAACCUUCCAUUAGUAGUAGUUAGAGUAGGAAAAAGUUUAAGGUUCCCAAUCGGGUAUCUGCAAUAUGACAUAUUCAAAUCAUUCGCUUUUCCACCUGAAGCCAUUAUUAUGAUAGCAGUUGGAACGAUAUUGUUUGUUUUAUUCUUUGUUGCCGUACUAUUUGUUUACCGAAGGAAAUCGACUCAAGCUGAAAGGGAGUAUAAAAGGAUACAAAUUCAAAUGGACACAUUAGAAAGCAACGUUAGAUCCGAAUGCAAAUUAGGGAUUCAUAUGCUUUUAGCAUUUGCUGAGCUACAAACUGAUAUGACUGAUCUCACUGCCGAUUUGGAAAAUUCUGGUAUACCAACUCUAGACCACACCAGCUAUAUCAUGAAGGUAUUCUUUCCUGGAGUGAGCGACCAUCCUAUUUUGAAUGCACCCAAGGUGCGUUUAAAUGGCCCAAGAACAAAUUAUGAUACAGCCAUGUUGCAAUUCGAGCAAUUAAUUAACAAUAAACAUUUUAUACUCACAUUUAUAGAUAUAUUGGAGUCGCAAAAAUCUUUUAAUAUUAGAAAUAAAGUUAAUGUAGCGUCCUUACUAAUGGUAGUUUUAAUGGGUAAAAUGGAAUAUGCAACGGAUAUUCUAAAAAGUUUAUUAUUGCGUUUAAUUGAUAAGUCUGUAAAUACGAAGCAUCCACAAUUAAUGUUAAGGCGAACGGAAAGUGUUGUAGAAAAAAUGUUAACAAACUGGAUGGCCCUGUGCAUGUACCACUACCUCAAAGAAUACGCCGGUUCAUCCCUUUUCCUAUUGUUUAAAGCAAUCAAACAUCAAAUAGAAAAGGGCUUGGUGGACGCCAUUACGCACGAUGCCCGGUAUUCUCUCUCUGAAGAAAGACUUCUGAGGGAAAACGUGGAAUAUAGUGUUGUGACCCUUCACAUCGUCCAAGAUGAUCUUGACGAAAAAAUCCAAUGUAAAGUCUUAGACUGUGAUACUAUCAGUCAAGUGAAAUCGAAGAUUUUAGACGCGCUAUUUAAGAACACUCCAUUCUCAUUGAGGCCUUCCAUCUACGAAGUAGAUUUAGAGUGGAGGCACGGUCGAGGCGGUCAUUUAACCUUGCAGGAUGAAGACCUGACAACGAAGACCAUCGGCGGGUGGAAGAAGCUGAACACUUUGGCCCACUAUGGAGUUAAAGAAAGCGCCGUUAUGUCUUUGAUUUCAAGACAAAAUGACAGUUUUAACAAUUGUAAACAACCCUGCCAUAACUGCGUUACAGGAAUGUACCUAAAUAAUUCACAGUCGCCAAUAAUAGCGACUAAUGGCGAUAUAGAAGCUGCUAAUAAUCCCAGAAUAUACCAUCUAGUCAAACCAAUCGAUGACCAUCAAUUUCCGAACAACAAAACAGUGGAAAGAACCCACAAGGCUAUCCCAGAGAUAUUCCUCACGAGACUGCUAUCCACCAAGGGCACUAUCCAGAAGUUUGUAGAUGAUUUUUUCAUGACGAUUCUUACAGUGAACGAAGCUCUACCUCCGGCAGUGAAAUGGCUGUUCGAUCUUCUGGACGACGCUGCCAGAAAACACGGCAUCCAGGAUCCGGAAGUUGUGCAUGCAUGGAAAUCGAAUAGUCUUCCUUUAAGAUUUUGGGUUAAUUUCAUUAAGAAUCCUGAUUUCAUUUUUGACAUCAACAAAACUUCAACGCUGGAUUCCUGCCUGUCGGUCAUCGCUCAGACCUUCAUGGAUUCUUGCUCCACCACGGAACAUAGGCUGGGAAAGGAUUCACCAUCAAAUAAAUUAUUGUUUGCUAAGGAUAUACCGAGGUAUAGGGAGAUGGUGUCUCAGUUCUACAGUGACGUUGCUAUGUUACCGGUGAUAACAGAUCAAGAAAUGGGAUCUGCCAUGCAGCAAUUGUCUGCACAACAAGCAGAGGAAUUUGACACUGUAGCAGCUUUAAAAGAACUUUACAUAUAUGUUACUAAAUAUAGAGAACCAAUUCUUGAGGCACUUAGCACAGAUCCAAAUUGCCGGCGUUUGCAUCUGGCACCAAAACUGGAAGGUGUCGCAUAUACAUUAGGAGGGGAUGAGAAUUCGGCAUGCUGACCUCAACGGUCACCUGAUCCUCUGCUGCCUAGAACCUUGGCGCCCUGAUUCCAAGCGUAAGUUCACACACAUGCUUUUCGCUAAACCAAACAACUACAAGUCAAUUUUUCGAAGGUUUGUGCUGCCGUCUUACCAUAAAUAUUAAGUCAUAGUUAUUUUUUUAACAUUUUACGACGCUUCAACUUGUGUAUACUUACAUUUUAGACGAUUUUUAAAGCUUCGAAGUUCCUAUAUGUUAAGCCAAGUUACUUUAUGUACCUUAAUUAUUAAUCGUAAUUGUAGAUAUACCUACGUACGUUACGAACAUCAUUUGUUAUUGUUCUCAUCCAAAAUUUGUAAUCGAUAAAACCUCAGAUUCGUGGUAUUUUAUAAUACAGUAUAUAUUUAUGGAAGAUAAUUGUUCAUAUUUUCAACCGAUCCAUUUUUAAAUGAAUGUUAUAAACGUUUGUUAUAAAUAAUUAAUAAUUUGCUGUUAUAGUAAUUUCUGUUACAUACAUUUUUCACUUCAGUAAAGCAAUAGAAACACUACCUUAAUUUUGGUUGACAUUUAAUAAUAUUCAGUAAGAAGUAUACUAUGGAAAAAUGUAGUAUUAUAAUGUCUGGUGUCAAAGUAUAUUAAAAAAAAUUGAUCUCAAAGAUGGUGAAAAAUAUUUGUUACAAAAAUUUAGAGCAAUUUGACUUUGUAGACUAGUAUUGUUAUAUGUUGUUAUUGUAAAAUUAUAAAUGAUGAAGCUGGUUAUAGAGAAAAGCAUGUUUGUGUUUUUGAGCGUGUUAUACUGUGAUAUGGCGCAUGAUCAGGUGACUGUGAUUGAGUGCGUACUUACCCUCCAGCGGCUGCUAGUUUCCUUUCCGAGUGCCUCGCUACGCUGAUGGGACGUGACAAGGACAGUGUAUACUCGCAAUGGCGCGCAAAUGUAGCGCACUUCUAUGGUUCAAGGGUAAUUCCACUCUGAUUGGUUCGUACCUCGCUAUUUAUCUAUUGUCCUAUUUUUAAAGCCAAUUUAUCAUUAUCUUUGGUUUCUAAAUAGUGACAAAGUUUUGUCAUACUUGUCCAUUUUCAAGCAAUAAUUGUUCAUUUAUUUGACAUUAAAUGUUACAAAAUCGUAACUAACAAUAAUACGUUUAUAGCAAUACAUUUGAUCAUUAGUAGUAAAAUGGUACACUAACAGCAAGGCCACGAGUCUUAAAAUGGCAACAUUGUACAUAAUGAAUCGUACAAUGUUUAAAAACGAAAAUUGAAAACGACAAUACCUAUAAAUGAGAGCCGUUAACAACUGUUCGCAAAAUUAACUAAGAAACUUUAUAAAAAUUUAUAAAUAGAAAAACUGAUGACAAAGAUCAGACGCUGUAAAUGUAGCUUUUUUUCAUUAAAAAUACAAAUCAAAAAACACGUACGUAACUGGGUAGAUAAUGUUAUGAGCC